GGGCGCUACGUCAAACUUUAGAUUUACUAGUCUUUACUAGUGUGUUUUUAAGUUCCUAGAAUUAGCCGAAACUGUAAGAAUAGAGCAUCAAGCUCAAACAUUGCAUACUCAGAUCUCCGCUCCCAUAGAUCUUGGCCAGCAAGCGACGUUGCUGAUUCUACAACGAAUAUACCACGAACUCAAGGUGGUAACAAAACGCAUGGUGGAAGCCGAUCGUGAAGAAGAAGCGGCAAAUAACUGGAAAUUUGCUGCAAUGGUGGUAGAUCGACUGUGUCUCUAUCUUUUCACAGUAUUUAUAUUAGCCUCAACUGUGGGAAUUUUCUCAUCUGCUCCGUAUCUUGUUGCCUAA